AUGAAUGCCGAGAUGCCCUCAGCGCGCAUCCUGGGUGGACCAGAUCUACACGUGGACAUCGGCUCCACAAUAAACCUCACCUGCCUCAUCCAGUUCAGCCCGGAGCCGCCCGCCUACAUAUUCUGGUACCACGAGGACGAGGUAAUAUCGUACGACUCAUCACGCGGCGGCGUCUCGGUGGUGACGGAAAAGGGCUCCGCCACCACCUCCUACCUGCUGGUGCAGCACGCCGCUCCUGCGGACUCCGGUCGCUACUCUUGCGCACCCUCGAAUGCGGAACUGGCAUCAGUGCGCGUUCACGUGCUCAACGGCGAGCGGCCAGCGGCCAUGCAGACAGGAUCCGCAGGACUUUCAGACAGCUCAUGCGCCAUCGCACUUCUCUUGGCCACUUGCCUGCUGCACGCCCGUCUGCUGCGCGCCCAGCUCGCUAGCUGA